AUGCUUCGCCUGAAUUAAAUUUGACAAGUCCUAAUGACUCUUCAAGGUUAGAGUACGAUACGAUGUGAAGGUGAGAUAUUUGGCUUUAUUGAAUAUUAACAAUACCUUUAUGGUUGCUUGAACAAUUACAUUGACUUGGAAAGUUGGUGGAAUCUGUAAAAUGUUUUAUAUACUAACAGAUAAAUGAACACAGGAGUUAUCCAUUAAUGUGUGUGACACUGCAGAGGAAUGAACUGUCCAUGGACCUUGAAGUGUCUUUGCCUGACUGACAUUAAAAUCACCCUCUUUCUGUCCACAGGGACAUUUUUUCUGCUGUCCUUUCCAUUUAUAGUCUAUAUGUGGAUGUGUGGAGUAACAUCUGACCUGAUGGUAGCAGACGCAGAGGGAAGGGGAGGAAGAAGAGCUGCUGGAAUGAGAGGAUGAAAUUGACUAUGAUGACAUCGUGUCAUUCAGUUUGUGAUGGAGUCUGCUAUUGGUGUGCUGGUGUCCCAGUUCAAGAAGUAUGCUGGCAGUGAUGGUUCCCCUAACACACUGAGCAGAGACGAGUUCCGCAGACUGGUCGCGUCAGAGCUCCGUAACUUUGUUAAAAAUGCUGCUGACCCUACUGCCACUGACCAGCUUAUGAGCUCAUUGGACAAGAACAAUGAUGGAGAGCUCAACUUCCUGGAGUUCUGGCAGCUGAUUGGGCAUCUUGCAAGCGAGCAUGGGGGAUUCAGCCAAUAGAAUGUCCUCAGAUACUCUCUUACAGUUGUAUAAUAUUUGUUAAUGACAUGUCUGUGUGCCAGUGAUAGUUUGUGUGUGACAGGGAAAAUCAGCCAAAUGGAAAACGCCCAAAAAAAUCGUUCUCAACUGCAUAAUGCUAUGUUUUUUAUCAGUAGCCUGCAUUUCUUUUCACCCCCGUUCUCUCACCAGCAGCUGCCAAACUGGCACAAACACACUGUCACAAAGUACUAUUGAAGAAGUUCAGCUAUAUUAGAGCCAGUCUUAUCUGUCUCCCAGCACACACACACACAAACACUCACAGCUGCUUGUGCUUACAGGUCUACAACACUGUUGAAAAAUGGAAAUGUAUUGUCUGAAAACUGAGAAUGUGUUUGUGUAAGCACUCUGUAUUCUUGGCUCCUCUAAUUUUUUUUUUUUUUUGGAAAACACACCUCUUUCCAGGACAUAGACAGGGGCGUGGUGUUGGUGGAGUAAGAUUUGAUGUUUCAUGCUGGUAAUAAAAUAAAAAUGAAGUGUAAAAAACAAAACAAAAAAGCAGGUCUUCAUUGUUAGUUUGUUCAAAAAGUUUCCUACCUAGUGAACGCUAUUGUUUACACAAGUGAAGUUUCAGGGUGUGGCAUCGAUACAUCUCUGUUGGGAAAGCUUUGAACACACACACACACGUACUUACACAUGAGCUCACGCUUGUUCCUACAUGUUGAGAAAGUGUGUCAGCAAAAAAAAAACGCAUAGAUGAAUAUUAAAAUAUAAACAGACAGGCUAUCGAACUGAAAAUAUAUAUUAAACAACAUCACAAAGACUCGUUCAGUUGUCUUGAUCAACGGAAAUGUUGCUGAAAGCUGCUGCUGUUGCUCAAGCUGCGCCUCUUUCCACAUUCCUUCUCUCCCAGGCACACGCCCUAUGGACAAUGAAAAAAAAAAAAAAGUUUGGCUGGAGUCAGAAGUUAAAUCACGGAAAAGAUAUGUGUUGCUGGUUAAUCUAGCCCAAAGGCUGAGGAGGAGGAUCAGUGAGGAAGAAGGAG